AUGUCUACCUCUAGAAUCUCUCCCAACAGCCAAAUCGACUUCUUACUUCACGAUCCUGCGCUGGUGGAGAUGAUCUACACACCGGUCAAUUGGGGAUUAGUCGACUAUCUAGUGAACCGUACUACUGACGCUAUCAGCUGCUCAACGCUCUUCUCUCAUGCUCUGAAGACCGCAUUCUUUGUCAAUUUCGUCAAAGACAUCAUAAUCAAAUCCAGAGCCAUGACUCCAAUGUUACUCGUCGCUCUUGGGUACAUGAGUCGAGCAGGUCGAGCAUUAUUGGAUAAUCUUCUUCACCAAUGGAGAUGCGAGCAACUCUUUCUCGGGGCAUUGAUACUCGCAUCAAAGUACAUUUAUGAAGAGCCUAUGGGAGCUGCUCAAUGGGCGUCUUUAACUGGAAUCUUCAGCGUAAAAGAUAUCAACCGUAUCGAGCGCGAAUACCUUAUUCUGAUCCAGUACAACCUUGGAAUUUGCGAGGCUGAUCUACUCGCACAUUACGAGCCAGUCUUCUCCCGCGCAAAUUCCAAUGUUGCGCAAUUGCGGGCACUUCAAGGAUCCUGGUCAACAACGGCUAGCGAUGUCGUCCCGAUCAAUGCCAUUCUACCGACCUGCACGACACAGGCACAAUUACUCACAUUCCCAGCCUCCGGUCCCAGCUCGAACGGUCCGUCGUCUGACACACCAAAGGUCACAGCGCCCGGUCAUUGUCCAGACCCAUCGUCGCGCUAUCAUGCCCCUAAUGCCUCCAUCUUUUCUCACACUCGGAGUUUUCUGCGCACCAGCGUAGUACACCUAUCACCAUGUGCCGCCGGUUUUUGCCUCCCGCCACUUACAUUCCCUUUGGGGCCUGACAUCUCCGUCCUACCUUCGCUCCGGACCUUGUUCACGGAGCACCUAUGUGAACCGAGUUAUGUUGGAUGCGAACCGUAA